CUCUCGGCCCCCACUUCCUGUGUCUGAGUGCGUACUGCGUGUGCGCCGCGGCCUGCUCUUCCUCCAGUUUGUGUAACAUGGGAGUCCCGGCGUUCUUCAGGUGGCUCAGCCGCAAGUACCCGUCCAUUGUCGUGCACUGCGUGGAGGAGAAGCCUAAAGAGUGCAAUGGCAUCAAGAUACCGAUUGAUUCUAGCAAGCCUAACCCAAACGAGGUGGAGUUUGACAACUUGUAUUUGGAUAUGAAUGGCAUCAUCCAUCCAUGUACUCACCCGGAGGACAAACCGGCACCUAAAAAUGAAGAUGAGAUGAUGGUGGCCAUCUUCGAGUACAUUGAUAGAUUGUUUAAUAUUGUGAGGCCGAGGAGGUUGCUCUAUAUGGCUAUAGAUGGCGUGGCUCCUCGAGCCAAGAUGAAUCAGCAGCGCUCUAGGCGUUUUAGGGCUUCAAAAGAAGGUGUAGAAUUGGUGGAAGAGAAGAACCGUGUCCGGGAGGAAGUGAUCUCCAGAGGUGGCUACCUUCCUCCUGAAGAAGUGAAAGAAAGGUUUGACAGUAACUGUAUCACUCCUGGUACGGAAUUUAUGGACAACUUGGCAAAGUGUCUUCGUUACUAUGUUGCAGACCGUUUAAAUAAUGACCCCGGCUGGAAAAACAUUACAGUCAUUUUAUCGGAUGCAAGUGCCCCUGGAGAAGGUGAACAUAAAAUUAUGGAUUACAUCAGAAGACAACGAGCCCAGCCUCAUCAUGACCCUAACACUCAUCACUGCUUGUGUGGUGCUGACGCUGACCUCAUCAUGCUUGGACUAGCCACUCAUGAACCCAACUUUACCAUCAUCAGAGAAGAGUUUAAGCCUAACCAACCAAGGCCAUGUGCAUUAUGUGCUCAGUUUGGCCAUGAGCUAAAAGAGUGCCAAGGAGUAGCCCGUGAGAAAAAGGGAGAGCAUGAUGAAUUUGCUGGUAGUCCCCCAGGGUCUGGGCAAGAGUUUAUCUUCAUUCGUCUUAGUGUGUUACGUGAGUAUCUGGAAAAAGAGCUGACCAUGGCAAGCUUGCCUUUUACAUUUGAUUUUGAAAGAAGUGUCGAUGAUUGGGUCUUCAUGUGCUUUUUUGUUGGCAAUGAUUUCUUGCCACAUCUUCCCUCCCUUGAAAUCAGGGAAGGUGCAAUUGACAGACUUGUAAACAUUUACAAAACUGUUGUGCAUAAGACCGGGGGCUACCUUACUGAGAGUGGGUUUGUGAACUUGGAGAGGGUGCAGAUGAUCAUGCUGGCUGUUGGCGAAGUCGAAGAUAGCAUUUUCAAAAAACGAAAAGAAGACGAUGAGAACUUUAAGAGGAGACAAAAGGAUAAGAAAAAGCGAAUGAAGGGGGGACACAACAGGCCAGCUUUUACUCCCACUGGACAGUUUGCCCCUCAGGCACUAGGUCGCAAUAUGUCCACCCCUAACACCAUCGUCAACCCAAGACAAGCUGCCUUUCAAAUGAGAAUGCACGACUCUAAUCCUGGAAACACCCAGUCUCCGGCAGGAACAAAGAGAAAAGCCGAGGACAGUGACAGUGAGCCCGAGCCAGAAGAUAAUAUCAGGUUAUGGGAAGAUGGAUGGAAGCAACGCUACUAUAAAAAAAAAUUUGAUGUUGAUGUCUCUGAUGAAAACUUUAGACGCAAGGUUGUGCAGUCCUACGUGGAAGGUCUUUGUUGGGUGCUCCGCUACUAUUACCAGGGUUGUGCUUCUUGGAAAUGGUUCUUUCCAUUUCACUACGCUCCUUUUGCUUCUGACUUUGAAAAUAUUUCUGAACUCUUUAAAGAAUUUGAGACGAACACCAAACCAUUCAAGCCACUUGAACAGCUGAUGGGAGUAUUUCCGGCUGCUAGCGGUAACUUCCUACCUGUCACAUGGAGACGACUCAUGAGCGAUCCAGAAUCUAGUAUAAUUGACUUCUAUCCUGAUGACUUUGCCAUCGAUUUAAAUGGAAAAAAGUUUGCCUGGCAAGGUGUUGCUCUGUUGCCAUUUGUUGAUGAGCGGCGUCUAAGAGCGGCUUUGGAAGAGGUUUACCCUGACCUCACUCCUGAUGAAAAAAGAAGAAAUAGUCUUGGCGGCGAUCAUCUGUUUGUUGGGGGAAACCAUCCCCUGAACGACUUCAUACAUGAGCUAUACAAGACCAAUGCUACAGAGCCAACUGGAAUGCCGCCAGAGCUGUGCCAUGGAAUUCAGGGAAUGCUUGAAACUGACGAUGGCGCCGUCCUUCCCAAUCUGAUUGUGGAGUCUCCGGUGCCUAUGUUGAGAAGUUUAACACAAAAUUAUGCAAUUAGCAUCAAAUUUAAAGACCCAGAAUAUGACGAUGGUUACAUUUUCAAAGCUGUGGUAUUGCAAGGUGCAAAAAAACCACCAGUUACCUUAAAACCAGGAGAUUGGGAGAAGGGCAAUAGAAAUGGCCGGCCUUGGACCCCACAGCUGGGUUUCAAUCGAGACAGAAAGCCAAUGCAUCUUGAUCAGUCGGCUUUUAGAACCCUAGGCCAUGCCAUACCACAAACUAGAGGACCACCAAGGGGGAGUGGACAGUACAGCAGUGCCCCUCCACCAAAUGCUUACAAUCCUGUAAAUGCGUACAGAAUGCCCAACAAUCGCCAACAGAUUCCCAAUCUAAUGCCAAACCCAAGAGCACAAAACACUUGGUCAAAUCGUCCACCUCUUUUUAAUCAGCCACCACCACAAAGAAAUUAUGGGCAAAUGCAGAAUCCACAUCAGUCGUAUCCAAAUCAGCACGGUGGACCAAGCAAUUACUACCAGAGACCAAGAGAGGACAGGAACCGACAGAAUUACAACCAAGGGAGAAAUUACCAAAUGCCGCCGCAGCAGUCGGGAAGAUACAACUGGAAAUAAAUUUUUUUAGCACUUUGUGGAUUUUUUUUCUGCUGGUAGAAAGUUUUCAUACAAUGUAAUACGAAUACUGUGUAAAUGUUUUUAUUUUGUGCAGGUAGAUUGUAUUUGUUUGAUUUAAUGUAUCUUAUUUAAUGUCUUUUUUUUAAAUGGCAUUUGUAAGAAAUGUUACUGUCUGCUACCCUGGAGUCAUGUAGACACCUAGCAUUCUUUAACCUUUGUAUGACAGCAUCAUGACGCAAGGAUAGAAGUGAUGAAGAUUUUGGCCUCCUGUUUUAAUGGGAAGAUAAUUUUUUUUUUUUAAAGCAGGGUUUCAGUGUUUUAUAUUAUGUUCUUCCUAAAUGAUUUUAUAAAGACAUGAUCAUUAUAGUAAUUAAUGUGUCCUGUUUUUUUUUUUCUCUGUAGUAUUUUCCCUAGUAUAUUAUUUUUAAAGUUAUUUUUAAUGUAAUGUUUGGACCCUGUUCCAACAAUCGUUUUUCAGAUUUUUUUUUUUUAAAUGUUUCUAGUAAAUUGUACAUAUUUCUAGGAGUCAAUGCAAAGGUAUAGUUUAAAAAGUGCUUUAACAAUCAUGUGUUGUUAAAUUAGCCUGUAUUUUUCUACAUGUACCACUCGUCACUGGUGUAGUGUACUUGCAUUUGCUUCAUGCACAAUGAAAUGGUUAUACUGUGCAAGAAAAUUCUGUUCCGAGCAUGUUGGUUUUAGUACUAGGUAACAAUUUUCAAUCUUCUGUUCUGAAAAUGUUGGCUUGUAAUACAAGGUGGUAAAUCACACUUCGCCAUCUGCAAGUUUUUCACUGUACAGUCAUUUUAUUUCCUUUAUCUUAUUUUUAUGGGUCAAUUUAGCCCUGCAUGCCAUAAUUCUUGCUUCAAAAAGUCACAAGUAGGGGCUUUGCCAUUUUUUGGUUUACUUGGACACUUUUUUUCAACUUUUUGAGCACUGUGCCCCAUAUUUGGGGUGAAAAUUUGGUCAGAAUUUCAAACUAGAUCACUUGUGACGUGUAGUUUAAAAAAAAAAUAAUAAUCUAAAUUUGACACGGGUGAACACAGCAACUCCAAUCUAAAACUUACCUCAAAUAUACCUAUAAUGAGGAAGUCAAACUUGAAAAAGUUCAUUCCAGCCUCCGGAUAAAACAAUGGAAUCCUUUAUUGAAAAAUAGUCACAAAAUCCAGGUAUGCCAAAUGCAUAGUGCACCAAAAAAACACGCACCUCCUGUGACGUGUUUCAGAUGUGUAUAUAACACCCUUAGUUGUACAAUGAUAAAGUCCUCCCAUGUUCUCAGUGUAUGGGGAAACACAUGUCCAACUGUCAAUACUAAAUGGUAAAAAAAUAAAAUAAUCCUGUAUGGUCAAUUAA